CUCCCGCUGGUGCCAUGGCAGCUGGGCAAAGGGGGCUGUGGGGUCUCACUGGGGCCGUGCUGUCUCCCAGUACCAUCUGGUGACCCAGAGCAUCUCUCCUUGUGCCGCAGGGCCCCUGCCAAUGGGACUCUCCGGCCAGCCACUCGCUGCGGAGGGCUGUGAGUGGUGCUGGCGGGAGGAGGUGCGGAAAGAGAGGGCUCCACUCUCGACCGUCCCCACGAUGCCCCAAGCCUCGGAGCACCGUGUCGGCCGGGCCAGGGACCACACCGUUGUCACCUCCCAGCCCAAGGCUGCUGCCAAGCUGCCCAGCGGGCACCGGGCCCUGAGCCAGGAGCGCCAUGCUGCCACCCUGGCCUCCGCCGCUGCCAACGGGCUCUCCCCAGCCCCCAAGCUUCGCCUUCUGCCACCCCGGCCUGGCCCGCUGGACGACCGCAGCAAGAAGUUGGAGCUGGACCGAGGUCGGGCCUCGAAACGCGGGGAGGCUCUCCGUGGCUCGGCAUGCCGGCGGGGGCCUGUGAAAGCAGACCAUGCAGUGCGGGUGCCCGGCUCUCCGCAGGCGGGCGCCGUGCCGGGCAGCACCUCUUUCUCCCUGCCUGCCGGGGCCUCACUGGCGGGGCGUGAAGCAGAGCGCCGGCGGAGCAACCUGGCCCGCUCCAAAUCCAUCAGCAUUGGAGACCUGAGCCAGGGCAGCGGUGGUGGCCGUGCUGAGGACGUGGCAGCAGUGCUGAGCCGGCUGGUGCUGAGGGACUGUGGCCACCAGCUGAGCGCCGGCUCGCUGGCGCUCAGGAGGAGCUCCUCUCUCCGAAGGGUCAACGUCUCCCCGGGGCUGGACGGGAAGCCCACCGCCCCGCUGCUCUCUGUUCGGCCCGAGGGCUGCCCGAGGACUCGUACUGCCCCUGACACCCCAUGCGCCCACAGCCCCAACGUUCUGGUGCCCGGCAGCCCUGCCCUGGGCAGAGCCCCGGCAGCUGGCAGGACCGAGGAGAAGACAGCAGCUACCCAUCACACCCUGCUGCUGGGCUCAGGCCACGUCGGCCUCAGGAACCUGGGCAACACGUGCUUCAUGAACGCUGUGCUGCAGUGCCUGAGCAGCACCAAGCCGCUGCGGGACUACUGCCUGCGCCGGGACUUCCAGCAGGAGCAGCCCCCUGGCACCCGUGCCCCCCAGGAGCUUACCGAAGCCUUUGCCGACGUCAUUGCUGCCCUCUGGCACCCCGACUCCUCCGAGGCUGUCAACCCUGGGCGCUUCAAGGCCAUCUUUCAGAAAUAUGUCCCUUCUUUCACUGGAUACAGCCAGCAGGAUGCGCAGGAGUUCCUCAAGUUCUUCAUGGACCGGCUGCACGUGGAGAUCAACCGCAAGGGCCGCAGGACCCCCAGCAUCCUCUCAGAUGCCCGGCGGACCCCUGCGCUGGAGGACCCUGAGACACUGAGUGACGACGAACGCGCCAACCAGAUGUGGAAGCGAUACCUGGAGAGGGAGGACAGCAAGAUCGUGGACCUCUUCGUGGGACAGCUGAAGAGCUGCCUCAAGUGCCAGGCGUGUGGCUACCGUUCCACCACCUUUGAGGUCUUCUGUGAUCUCUCCCUGCCCAUCCCAAAGAAAAGCUUUGCCGGUGGGAAGGUCUCGCUCCAUGACUGCUUCAGCCUCUUCACCAAGGAGGAGGAGCUGGACUCAGAGAAUGCCCCAGUCUGCGACAAGUGCCGGCAGCGGACGCGGAGCACAAAGAAGCUGACCAUCCAGCGCUUCCCCCGCAUCCUGGUGCUCCACCUGAAUCGGUUCUCCACUACCCGCUACUCCAUCAAGAAGUGCUCCGUCUUCGUGGACUUCCCCCUGCAGCAGCUCAACCUGCGGGAGUUCGCCAGCGAGAAGGCGGGCAGCCCUGUCUACAGCCUCUAUGCCCUCUGCAACCACUCGGGCAGCGUCCACUACGGCCACUACACCGCCUUCUGCCGGGACCCGGCUGGCUGGCGUGUCUACAACGACUCCCGCGUCUCGCCCAUCAGCGAGAACCAGGUGCCGUCCAGCGAGGGCUACGUCCUCUUCUACGAGCUGGAGGAGCCCCCCGGCAGGAGGCCCUGAGCCGCCCUGGCCCCCCCAGCCUCUCGGGGCAGGG